AUGGCUCACAACCUUGUGCUAGAAGCUGAACAUCUGACACAGGUUUUCACACUGUUGCAGCCCCAAGAUCUCCCGAACACAGAGCUCAAUGCACAGAUUGGGUCCUGGAUUAACACUCGCUCGUUCAUGCUCAGCCUUCUUAAGCGCUGCAUCUGUCCCACAGCUGUCAGCGAUGAACUUCUGGUGAAACUGCAGGCUGUAGGCUUCAAGAGAACCCCUUGGACAGUCGAAUCCCUUACCCAUCAAAUCAAGGCCAACAAGGACUUCCAACGCGCAAUAAUCAACUUUGUAUAUCUCUGGGUGAUUAAGUUUGUAUUGCCGCUAAUGGAUAAAGAUAUGCAAUCGUUCUCGUCCACGGACUCCGACAGCGAGUAUAGGCUGGACUUAAAUGUAUCAACUAGAGAGAUGGACCGCUGUGCGAUUACCGGAAUAUACAGCGUCGAAGCAUUUGGAUUCAACAACAGAGCGCCUGGAAAGGUAGUCCCCAUGCGAAUCCUUCCCGAAUGCCUACGCAGCGACGACAAAGCCCAGCACCUCGUCCAAGUCUUUACCGGAGGACGGAUCCACUCAAUCCGAUCGAUAAUCGACAAGCCCGAAAACGCAAUCUUCAUGUCCGAAGCCAUCACAGACAGCUUUCGAGAAUUCUACUGGUCCCUUAAACCAGCAGCAACAACAGCCCCCAGAACCACAAGAUCCAACCUCGCCGUCGAACGACUUGCCGCCCUUCAGGUCCCCGAGAUCGCAUCCCUACCGCCAAACUCGCCCGUUGUGCUCGGGGAUAACGAAGCGAGCUUGUCCGUCCCUCCCCCUUCUCCAGAUCUCUGCCGCCUACACCUUGCCGUGGGGCAGAUCCUUAACGAGACUGGCUCUCUCCCCAUGAUCCUAAGGUUCUCUAUGCCCGGAACUCUCAAAGAAGCCAAGCAGUAA